AUGGAGUGCCUUCAAGCGCGUAUCGACUCGUUCUCCAAAUCCAAACGCGUCAAAAAGAGCUCGGGGGGUACGACCACCCUCAAAUGGCCACACCCAACGUCGUCAAAUUCGAGUUCUUCAAGGUCCUUUAAAGCCACACCGGCUGCGCUUGCAGAAGCCGGGUUCUACUACAGUCCUUCACCGGACGAUGUCGACAACGUCACUUGCUUCGUCUGCGAGAAGGAGCUGAGCGGUUGGGAAGAAGAAGAUGAUCCUUUUCAAAUCCAUUUCGACAAAUGCAAGACGAGGUGUUGCUGGGCUCUUUUGAGGUGUGGGCUGAGGGAGGAUGUUGAUCGUCACGGCAGGUUCGUGUUCCCAGAUAAAUCGCGUCUUCCUUCAAGCAAAGCUAUGGAGAAGGCACGGCUCGAAACAUUUCAGGUUGGGAAGGGUUGGGUACACGACAAAACUAAGGGUCAUAACGCAAACUCGAAGAAGAUGGCCAAGGCUGGAUUCGUAUUUACGCCUCAAGGCGAAGAUGACGACCUGGCAACAUGUUUGUAUUGUGAAACCUCCCUUAGCGGAUGGGAUAAAGAAGACGAUCCAUUAGAAGAGCAUAGAAAACGGAAAGAAAAAUCAGGCUACCCCUGUCCAUUCUUCGCUUCAUCAUCGACCGCUCCGCCUUCCUCCACUUCUUCAUCUUCCAGUAAUGCAGUUCCAGCGUCGAAGAGUCGAUCCAAACCACCCUCCCGCACAACUCGUCCUUCUUCGCGUGCCCAACAACCUCAGCAUCAGGAUACGUUCAUGCCCACUAAAGCUCACGACGGUGGGGAUAGUGGCGAUGACGAUGCAGGAGACGCGUCGGAAUCAGGCAGAUCAACAAAGUCAACCAAGUCGACGCGCGCUUCCACACGGAAAUCUGCAGUACCCUCUACAGCGAAGACCCCCGCCAGAUCGUCUUCACGCUCUGCCUCUGGGGCCUCUUCCACACGUAAAUCAAGUGCGGCGGGCGCGAAAACGCCUGCAGCGAGAAGUGCCAGUCGGAGUAGCACUCGGAAUGCGUUGAAGGACGUGGUGGAGGAAGAUGAGGACGAGGAUGUUGAAGAGCCGGAGGAUGUUGUCGAGGAGGCCAAACCCAAAAAAUCGACGGCGAAAACACCAGCGAAAUCUUCAAGAGCAAAGAAGUCUACUGCGGGGACCAGAAGCCGGAGCAAGUCCGUCGCUCCUUCAGAGAGUGAGGCCGACUUGCCCACCGAGGACGAGGAACCACCGGCGACGGUAAAGAAGAGCUCGAGAACGGCCAGUAGGAGCAAGCCUCCUUCGACUACCACGAAGAAAGCCAAGUCCCGUUCGAAAUCGGUUGCACGGAGUGUCCAGGAAUCGCAGUCUGAGGCUGAAGUCGUCGAGGAACCUGAACCCCCCAAGAUGGUCAGGAAGACCAAGACGAGGGCCGCGUCCAAGAAACCCAUCCAUGAACCCGUCCAGGACGAAAGUGCAAAUGAUGGCUCCGACAUGGAAUUGGAUGAGGCAUGGACGACAGCACCCGAGACGGAAAGAAAGCCUAUUAAACCUGCAUCCAAAUCCAAAGCGAAGGCUAAACCAAGUUCUACAACUCGCAGUCGGAAGGCCAAAGCGGAGACAGAGGAGGAGAAUGAGACUGGGCGAGAAGAAGAUGAGGACGCGGAAGAGGUCGAUGUGCAGCGGACGGUUAAGAAACCAGCAGCCAAAUCCAAGGCCAAAGCCCCUACGUCGAAAUCAUCUACAAAGUCCAGGUCGUCGAAGAAAGUCGUCGAAUCCGAGGCAGAAGAUGUACCGGAAGCAGCCCAGGCAGAAGACGACGAAGAGCCCGCCAUCCUCAGGAAGUCUACUCGGGCCUCAUCCGCUAAGGCGAUCACCAAGGCGAAAGGGAAAGGCAGAGCUACGUCCUCCCGUCGCGCGAAGGAGGAGACCGAAGAGGAGAGUGCUCAAGAGAGUGAGCUGCCCGACGUUGAGGAAGAGGAGGAAGAAGAUGAAUUUGGACCUGUAAUCCCACAACCUUCGUUUACUGCUCCAGCUGCGAAGGCAAAACCUCCCUCCAGGGCGUCUGUAAAGCCAGAAAGCGCAACAAGAGCUAAACCUCCCUCAAAGAGCGUGCCUGUCAUGAUGAGCGCCGACGGUGACGGCGACGUGGAGAUGACCCCCUUGUUCAUACCCAAGCGGACGACGAAGGCAACCGAGCCUGCUCCCAGCGCCAAGGCCACGACCGAAACUACGAGCGCCAAACCGGCCUCGCACAGAUCAGUCAAACCACAGAAGCAGAUGAAGGUCGUGGACGUUUCAUCCGAUGAUGAAGAUGAACUCGAUCAGGACGCCGUGGAGAGCGAGCAAGAGGAGGAGAAACCACCCCCAAAGCCAGCACCGACGAAGAAGAGGCCUACAGUGCCCAAAGUGAAGGAAGCCGCCGUUGAGAUGACGGUAAAGCUCGUGCCGAAGGUUAGGGUGGAGGAAGCUCCGCCUGAGGUCGAGGACGACGCGAUGAACCUGGAUGACGAGCCUGAGCAAAACGAGCCCGAGGCCGGUUUGGACGCCGAUGUGACAAUGCACGAAUCGGCCGCUGAGCCUCCUAGAACUCCAGUCCGCACCAAGGCCCCCGCCUUCAGUUCGAUACCUCUUGCCCAGACAUCAUCUUCGUCCUAUGCCGUCCCUCCUCCAACGUCCUCUGCCGAUCAACCUUCGAGUAGUCAACAGCCUCCCGCUCCGCAAGAGCCGGAACAACCCCCAUUCUUCCCACCGCUGUCGAAGUUACCAUUUAUCCCUCUGCCUUCACUUACGCCCGCCGAGUUAGACAUGACUGUGGAGGAAUGGGUGAGGUAUCAGAUGGAGAUGGAGUAUGACAAGUUUAAGAGAGAUGGGGAGAGGGAAUUGGUAGCGUUCAGGAAGAAGGCGGAAGAUGUGAGGAAGGUUAUUGAGGGGUUGUAGUGGAUGGAUGGACUCUCUGUUUUCUUUGGUCGAAUCUUCGUUUGUCGUUCUUUACUUGUCCUUCACUUGUUCUGCGUCGUGCCGUUGACUCGCGAAACGCUUUCUUUGAGAGUC